AUGCGAAACAAAUUAUUCUCUCGCGUUGCUGCUUAUGGUAGAGUACGUUUGGUAGGGACUAUGCCAGACAAAACAAAGUUUAUUAGUCAAAAAGGGACGUAUCCCAAAGGGUUCUUGAUUAACGGCGUUUCGUCUGGCGUAAAAGCUAAUGCCAAAAAGGAUUUAAUGGUUUUAUUUUCGCCUACCCCUUGUAAUGCAGCUGCUGUGUUCACAAAGAAUGCAUUCCAGGCAGCUCCUGUUCAGGUGUCUCGUAAUGUUUUACAAGGAAAUGGCGGUACAGGGAUUCAUGCUGUGGUUGUCAAUAGUGGCUGUGCGAAUGCCGUUACAGGUGAAGGCGGUAUACGAGAUGCCAAAGCAAUUGCUAAGGCGACUGAGGAGUUGACACAGCUACACAAGGAUUCUUCAGCUAAGAAGGAUAACUUGCCUUCUACUUUAUUGAUGUCGACUGGUGUUAUCGGUCAGAGACCAAAACUCGACAAAAUCAAACAAGGACUUGCUAUCACUCUCAAAGAUAUGGGAUCUUCUCAUCAACACUGGAUGCGUGCAGCUGAAGCCAUAUGUACUACGGACACCUUUCCCAAGCUACUCUCAAAGCAAGUCAAAAUGGCUGAUCGCGUCUAUACCGUCGCUGGUGCUUCGAAAGGUGCUGCCACUCUCCUUGGAUUUUUUGUUACGGAUGCUCCCAUUGCUCCCGACGCUGUCCAAUCCAUUCUUCGUCAUGCGAUCACGAACAGCUUCAAUUCGAUUAGCAUUGAUGGUGAUACAAGUACGAAUGAUACCAUUGCUUUUCUUGCUAACGGUGCCGCUGGCGGUUCCGAAAUUACUUCAUCCUCUGCAGAAUACGAACCCAUUCGUGACGCUAUUACUGAACUUGCCCAAGACCUUGCAAAAUUGGUGGUUCGUGACGGUGAAGGUGCUACCAAAUUUGUAACUGUUCAAGUUCGUGGAGCUAAGUCAGUGCAAGAUGCUGCAAUCGUAGCUUCUACGAUUAGCAAUUCGGCUUUGGUAAAAACUGCCUUUUUUGGUGAAGAUGCCAACUGGGGUCGUAUCCUGUGUGCAGUCGGAUAUUCCGGUGCUACUGUAAAUCCAAACGCUACUUCCGUUAGCUUUGUUCCUGCUGAUGGCUCCGAAACAUUGAAGCUCCUAGUAAACGGUGAGCCUCAAAAUAUAGAUGAGACUCGUGCCAGUGAAAUUUUAGCUCAAGAAGAAUUAACUGUCGAUAUUGACCUUGGAAGCGGUUCUUUUGAAAAGACGAAUUGGACUUGUGAUUUUUCUUAUGACUAUGUACGCAUUAAUGCUGAUUAUCGUAGUUAA